AUGGUUUUCUACACCAGUUGGUUCCUUAUAACCCGUGAGAUUGAACCAGUGAUUGUCGUUGGAGGCCACCUUGCAAGUGAAGUUUUGAAUAAGAUUGUUAAGCACAUAUUGAAGGAACCAAGGCCAGACUUCCACAAAGACUUUGGUAAAGGCUCCUACGGCUCGUCGUUUGGAAUGCCGCUGGCACACUCACAAUUUGCAGGGUUCUUCGCAGCGUAUUUCCUUUGUAUCUUAUUUAAAAGAGUGCCACUGUCGAGGUUAAAUAAGAUCAUAGUGUCUACGUUGUUGCUUGUGAUUAUGAUUCUUGUGCCAUUCUCACGUGUAUACUUGUGGUACCAUACGAUUCCCCAAGUUGCCGUUGGGGUUCUCCUAGGUGUAGUUGUGGGAUUGGCAUACUACAUAGCAACCCUGGUGGCUCGUGAUCUCGGUGUAAUUGAUUGGAUUCUUCUGUGGCCCCUAAUUCGUUAUUUCUCAGUGAAGGAUAGCUACUACCACGCCUAUCAACUGUUUGAGGAUGAAUACCAACAAACGCAGCGUAAUCGGGGAGUCAAAGCCAAAUUGAGUUAG